AUGUUUAUUGAUGGUACUCAACGAGAUGUUUGUGUACUAGGAACGGACUUAAUGGCAGAACAAAGGAGUGAGAGAGCACUCAAUCCAUUAGUUUACAUUAGGCGAGAAGCAAAUGCGUUGAACAUGUCAUCUUCAAUAAGAAUAAUGGCAGCAAUAAAAAACCGAGAAAGAAGAUCUCAAACAUUGUUUCUUCCGUUGAUCUAG